AUGCUGCAAUUCACGCCGCUGUCGGGCCCAUAUGUGGACGGGCCCGGGGGCGCUUCGACGAGCACCGAGUGCUCGAAAGCACUCGCGUACCUGGUCGAGAUUGACCAGGCGCGCAUCCUGCUGGACUGUGGAGCGCCAGAGGAUUUUACGUUUCCGCCGUCGCUGGUGAAGACUGACGGCGCUGACCGGGGGCUGCACGGCUCACUACCCGAAAUCCUGCAGCGCAUUGGUCCUACCAUCGAUGUGGUGCUCCUCUUCCAUGCAGAGCUAUCGCAUAUGGGCCUGUAUGCGUAUGCGUACACGCACUUUGGCCUGCAGUGCCCUGUAUAUGCGACGCUGCCUGUGCAGACGAUGGGCCGCCUGCAGAUGCUCGAGGUCGUGCGCUCCUGGCAGGCCGAGGCAGAUGUGCGGUCAUCGUCGCCCGUGCAGCGUUUCCUUCCGACAGAGGCGCAGGUGGACGAGGCGUUUGAUGCGAUCCGCACGCUGCGAUACAUGCAGCCCACGCCCCUCGACGGCAAGUGCGCAGGCCUCGUGCUGACCGCGUACAAUGCAGGCCACUCGCUUGGAGGCACAGUGUGGAAGCUGCGAUCGCCCUCGGUCGGCACGGUCGUCAUGGCCCUCGACUGGAACCACCACCGCGAGCGGCACUUGGACGGCACAGCGCUGCUGUCGGUAGGCGCCGCGGCGCCUUUGGCGCAUGCCAUCGGGCAGCCAGAUAUCCUCAUCACCGACAUGGAGCGCGGUCUCUACACGAAUGCGCGGCGCAAAGACCGCGAUGCAGCCCUGCUUGAGCAGAUUCACAAGACCCUCACGAGCGGGCACUCUGUGCUGAUUCCCGUCGACAGUGCCGCCCGCAUGCUGGAGAUCCUCGUGCUGCUGGACCAGCACUGGGCGUUUGCGUACCAGCACCAGCGCUUCCCCCUGUGCCUCGUAUCGCACACGGGCCAGGAGGUGCUGGAGCGCGCGCGGACCUUCAUGGAAUGGAUGGCACGAGAGUGGGCCAUCCAGCUCCUCGACGUGCCCGAGAAGGGCCGCGGCCGCAAGAAGCAGACCGUGACCAAGUCGCCGCUCGACUUUACGGGCCUGCGCUACUUCCCGUCCGUCGAGGCGCUUCAUCAGGCCCUUGCGCCAUCGCAGGUCAAAGUCGUGCUUGCGACGCCCCCUGCCCUCACGCAUGGCCUCUCGCGCCAGCUGCUCCCCGAGUUCCUCAGUGACCCAGACUCGCUUCUCGUCCUGACAGGCCGCGGCGAGCCCGACAGUCUCGUGCGCACACUGUGGGAGCGCUGGAACGCGACACAGGCAGAUGCGGCCGCGUGGCGCACCGGCCAAGUGGGCACGCCCUCGACGCCUGGCGGGCAGCUGUCCUACGAGCUCCGGCGGCGUGUGCCGCUUGCCGGUGACGAGCUACGAGCCUACAUGGAGGCCCACCAGGCAGCCUCCGAGAAGACUGCGGCGCGCACGGCACCACAGCGGGAGGCAGACGAAGGCCUCUCGGACUCGGAUUCGAGCAGCGACGAAGACGACGCGAUGAUGCACACAGGCACCGCAGACCCCCCUGCCAGUACGGGCGAUGCGGCGGCCGCACCUGAGCCGCUGGACAUGUCGUUCGAUACUUUCCUGCAGGGUCAUGCAAGUCGCGACGAGGGCCUGCACUAUCGCAUGUUCCCCUUUAUUGAGCGCAAGCGCAAAGUCGAUGGGUACGGCGAGUCGAUUGAUACAGCGCGCUGGCUGUCCCGGCGGCGGCGGCUCGAGGCUGAGCAGGAGGAGCAGCUGGAUCCAUCGCGAGCCAAGCCCGCGCCGAAGAAGGAGACGCCCGUGGAGGUGCCCAGCAAGUUUACGUGCGAGACGCUCAGCGUGGCCGUGCGGUGCCGUGUACUGUAUAUUGAUCUGCAGGGCCUGAGCGACGGCCGUGCACUGACCACGCUCGUGCCGCAGCUGCAGCCGCGGCGUCUGAUCAUGGUCAAUGGCGAUGCACCGACGCGCGCCGAGCUGGGCGCCAUGCUCAGCAGUCACGAACUGUACAUGCCGACCACCGGCGUGACGAUCACUGUGGGCGGCCUUAGCGACACGUACAGUGUGCGCCUCGGCGAUGCGCUGAUGGGCGGCCUCAACUGGCACCGCAUGGAGGACUACAACGUGGUGCAUCUGCAUGUGACGCCCGACUUUUCUGGCGAUGCAGACACGCCGACACUCGUGCCGUGUCACGACGCGACGACGCUGCGGGCGGCCCAGGCGCCAUCGACGCUGUACAUUGGCGACCUACGUCUCUCUGCGCUCAAAUCGUACCUGGCGCGACAGCAGCGCAUUCGCGCAGACUUUGCUGGCGAGGGUGUGCUGGUGUGUAGUGACCGGGGCCAGCGCCAUGUGAUGGUCACCAAGCAAGGCACGGGGCGCAUUGUGGUCGAGGGCAAUCUGUCUUCGAGCCUAGCAAGAGUGCGGCAGUCGAUCUAUCAGCUAGUGGCACAGGUCCAUCAGUAG